AAUAGCUUGGCUCAACUAAUAAUCUGUGAUACUUACCUAGAAAAGCAAAGAGAGUGAAGUAGUAAUUGUAAUCCCAAAAGAGAGAUGGAAAACAAAGGCUAUGGAGCCCAUGUGUUGGCACUGCCUUACCCAAGUCAAGGCCACAUAAACCCAAUGCUCCAUUUCUCUAAGAGGUUAGCCGCCAAAGGACUUAGAGCCACAUUUGUCACCACCCAUUUCAUCUACAAGACCUUUCAGCCUGAGCCCUCAGACUCUGUCCAAUUUGACACAAUAUCUGAUGGCUGUGAUGAGGGUGGCUUUUACCAAUCAGAGAGCAUCCAUGACUAUCUCACUCGUUUUGAAGAUAAUGGGUCCAAGACCUUAGCCAAUCUCAUCAUGAAGUAUAAAGAGUUGGGGCACCCAAUUGAUUGCUUAGUCUAUGAUGCUUUUUUGCCUUGGGCUUUGGAUGUGGCCAAACAAUUUGGCUUAGUUGCAGUUGCAUUUUUCACCCAAGCAUGUGCUGUUAAUUUCAUAUAUUAUUAUACGCAUCAUGGGCUUUUGAAGCUCCCAGUUUCAUCAACACCAGUGUCCAUUCCUGGAAUGCCGUUGCUUGAGCUACAAGACAUGCCAUCCUUCAUCUAUGAUAAUGGAUCAUAUCCAGCUUAUUUUGAGAUGGUGCUGAAGCAAUUUUCUAACACUGAUAAAGCCGAUUGGAUUGUUGUCAACACCUUCUACAAGUUAGAGGCUGAGGUGGUGGAUGCAAUGUCAAAAAUUUGUCCAUUGUUGACAAUUGGGCCUACAGUUCCAUCUAAGUACCUUGACAACCGAGUCAAGAAUGAUAACCGUUAUGGGCUUAACCUCUUCACUUUAGAGUCCUCUAUUAAUAUCAUCAAUUGGCUCGACACCAAGCCAGCAGGGUCUGUUGUUUUUGUGUCAUUUGGUAGCAUGGCCAAUUUAAGCAACAAGCAAAUGGAGGAAUUGGCUUUGGGUUUUAAGGGAAGCAAUUACUACUUUUUGUGGGUUGUUAGGGCUUCAGAGGAAGCAAAGCUCCCAAAAACGUUUGUGGAAGAUAUUGGAGAGAAAGGCAUGGUGGUGAAUUGGUGCCCACAAAUGGAAGUGCUAUCACAUAAGGCUAUUGGGUGCUUUUUUACACAUUGUGGGUGGAAUUCUACGGUUGAGGCAUUGAGCUUGGGAAUGCCAAUGGUGGGUAUGCCACAAUGGACCGACCAAACAACAGAUGCCAAGUUUGUUCAGGAUGUGUGGAAGGUGGGAAUUAGGGUUAAGGUUGAUGAGAAUGGGAUUGUGGGUAGAGAAGAGAUUGAGUUUUGCAUAAGGGAAGUAAUGGAGGGUGAGAGAGGUAAAGAAAUGAAAGAGAAUGCUAUAAAAUGGAAGGGCUUGGCUCUAGAGGCAAUCAGUGAGGGAGGCACUUCGGACAAGAACAUUGAUGAAAUUGUAUCUAAAUUGAUACACUAAUUUCUAUCUCAUAAAGUAAUAAAUGAAUUGUUAUUAUUAGAAUGAUGGUUAAAUGAUUGUUGGAGAAAACAUCACAUUUGGAUAAAUUAGCAAUUAAAGUUGGGUUCUUUGAA